CCCCUCCCCCUCUCGCCCCGACAGGAGCAUGCGCGCGCCGGACAGGGGGCGGGCCGCAGAGGCGGUGUCGGCGACGUCGCGCGGGCAGGUAUUUCCAGGAAAAUGGAUGACGACGACUUUGGAGGUUUUGAGGCAGCAGAAAACUUUAAGGAUGGAAAUGGUGAACCCCCAGUUACUUCUCCAGCUAUUCCUUGGGCAGCAUUUCCCACAGGUGAUGAUAUGGUGACAGAUGGUCAGCCAUCAACCAGCACUUUAAAUUUAGCUGAUCUUAAAGAACAGGUUCCAUUAUCAGUUGAUCCUUCUUUGAAUGCACCAGUUUCCUGUCUGAGUGUAACUGAAGAUGUGGAAACAGCAAGUGAAAAUGAUAGGAAACUAGAAUUGGAUGAAGCAAAUAAAGAAACACUUCAGCAAACACUUUCAAGUCUAGAAGUUAAACUUAAAGCUGCUGAUGAAGAAAAAUGUAGAAUAAAAAAGGAGUUAGAAGAUUUGUUGGAAAAAUACAGGAUUCUGGAAACAGAUUUCCUGAAACACAAGGAGGAUAAAGUGAUUUCACAUGAAGAUCAGUACAACAAGCUUCAGGAGAAGCAUAAACUUGAGUUGGAAGACUUGAGAAGAGCUGGCCAUGAGGCCUUGGCUAUUAUUGUGGAAGAAUUUAAGGCCUUACUGCAGUCUACGGUUCAGCAACGCAAAGAAACCAUUGAAAAACAGUAUGCAUCUGUGAUUGAAAAACAGGCACAAAAGUGUGAAGAACUGCUUAUUGCUCAACAUCAAAGGUUGCUUGAUAUGUUGGACAAAGAGCACAAAGUGUUAGAAGAAAAAACAGAAGAAUCUUUGCUGCAGCAAUCACAAAAAUAUAAGAACAUGCUGGAAAAAUGCAUGGAGAGCGAGAGGGAAAGCAAUAAGGAAGCUUUGGCAGCCUCUGCAAAGGAUUUGAAGAUUGAAAAAGAAGAGCUGGAAGCUGCCAUUGUAACAGCAGUAAAAGCAGAAAGAGAAAACAUGAAAAAACUCCAUGUAGAAGAAAAGGAACUAUGGCAAGCAGAGAGAAACAAAGAUCAGGAAAGGAUUGCUCAAGCAAUUGCAGAUGCAGUUGAAGAACAGAGACAAAGCAGUCAGUCAAUUGUAAAAGCAGCCAUUUUAGAAGAGCAAGAAAAAAGUGAAAAAGCUAUAGAAAAAGCUGUGAAGCAGACAAGAGAAGAGCUGAUGGAAUAUAUCAAGGAACAGAAAAGGGUACCGUGUCUGCAUUCUCUUGCUCUAACCAUCUUGUGAGGUAAGUUUUUAUCUUUGCCCCCAUCUGCUCAUAGGUUUCCUCCCUCACCUUUGUCUCACUUCUAAAUUUUUUUCUCAACUGCUCUGAGGUAAUCCCAAAGCGUGUGUAUAUUAACUGCUUGUACACAUCAAAAUUUCGGGAUUUUUCCUCAGUCAUUUGAGCGUAUAUUUUGGCUAGAGGACCGCUUAUUCUAGCUCUCAAGAUCAUCAUUUUCUCUUCCUCUCUCACUUGAAAAUCGUGACAGGCUCUCUCGAAGGAUACUAGAAAUGCUUCUGGGCUAUCCUUAUCUCUAAACUCAGGAAAGCGUUUUAAAUCUAUCUCUAGUUGAUUCUGCCCAUCAGUGUUAUUACUAUUAUUACGAUUUUCUAAAACUGUUAAUUCCAACCGUCUCUUCUCUAACUGAAACCGCUGCUGUUCCCUUUCCUGCUCAGCCCUCAGUUUUUCUUUUUCCAAUUCCUGCUCAAGCCUAAAUUGUUCAGUUUCUUCCUCAGCCCUCAAUUUUUCUUUUUCCAAUUCUUGCUCAAGCCUCAAUUUUUCUUGUUCAGUUCUAUUUUUCUCAAGUUCUAAUUUCAAGUUAUAUUCUUGUACUAAUUUCCAAACUGACCCGAGCCCUUUCUUACUUUUGCCAAUAAAACAGUUGUGGGAACUAGGCUGCAUUUCCACACUGAUCAUGAAACCAUACUUAUUGCAAAACCUGUAUUAUGUUGAAGGUCAGUAAUAAA